AACUGCAAGUUUAAGAAAUAAAAUGUCUGUGAUCCAAAUGCAACAAGAGUUGCUCAAACAGUCGCAGGAAGGCGAAAUUAAUGAGACUAACAUACCUGAAAUCUCGACAAUUUCAAACUAG